AUGAAUAAAGUACUGUUAUGUAUCAGCUUUGUGCUGGCAAUGGUUGCUGCCGCUAACGCAGAUUGCAUCUUCACCGACUCCAGCAACAACAAAUACGACUUCUCUAGCAUGACCAACUCAACUCAAUACUCAUGGGGAACCAACUUGGGUGGUGCCAAGUACUACUGGAACAUCUGUAAGAACUCCUUUAUUUGCUCUCAGUCAUCCACUGGUUUGCAGGCAACCACUGCUGCCUGCCAGCUCAGCUCAUCAAUCUACAACAGUCUUGGUCUUCUUUCCUCUGGUGUGUUUGGCUCGUUGCCCUCUGGAGCUAAGGGUGCCACCCUCACCUACACCGACUCUGUCCUGACCUGUGCCAGCAAGACCAAGGCUCGCAAGGCCCUCAUCGACCUCCAGUGCGUCCCAGGUGCCUCCACCCAGACCGUCAGCGUUGCUGAGAACCCACCAGGAUCAUGCAUCUACCAAAUCGUCAUGACCAGUGGUCAGGCCUGUCCAGGCGCUGGUGGUUCAUCCUCCUCCUCCUCAUCUGGUGGUAACAAUGGUGGUAACCACGGUAUUGGCGGUGGCUGGAUCUUCAUCAUCAUCUUGGUUUGCACUGCUACUGUCUACAUUGCUGCCGGUAUGAUCAUCAACUUCAAGGUCCGUGGACUCCAAGGAAAGGAGAUGUUCCCCAACUAUGGCUUCUGGAGCGAUCUCCCGGGCCUCAUGAAGGACGGUGUCUUCUUUGUCAAGGGCAAGAUCACCGGCACCAGCGGAGGCACGAGUGGAUACCAACAAGUC